AUGGCUGGAAAGGUUCUCUGUGAGGCAACAAAUCUGUUCAACCUUCUGAAUCAAUACACUCAUUUUCCAAGGCUUGCAGAAAGCAACUAUCUUUGUCUAAUUGAUGCCCGCGCAGAAGAAUCAUAUAAUUUUAGCCACAUCAUUACUGCCAGAAAUGCAAAAUGGGAUUCUGAAGGAAGGUUUAUUAUGCCAGUGGAUGUUGAGGUCGAAAGUAUGAGAUACACCAUUGUUUAUGACAAUGGCACACAAUCUCUGUCAGACUCAGGUCCUGCCAUAGACUGUGCAGAGAUCUUAGAAAAAGCCAGCCAAUUUCCCAUUCAGAUUCUUACUGGGGGCUACAAGAAGUUUUCUGCACUUUAUCCUUUCCUAAGAACGGAAAAGAUUCUUUAUAAUAUCAGGGAAUUAGAAAGCUUGAAUCUGUAUCCUGUGGAAAUCUUACCUGGCCAGCUUUACAUGGGGGAUUACAGGCAGGCCACAAACCCUAAAAUCCUAAAAGAUCUGAAGCUGAAUGCAAUUGUGAACGUCUCCGAUGAAUGCAGUCUAAUGUUUAAAAAGGCAAACUGCACUGUCCUGCAUAUCCGAGUUGCAGAUUCUGCAGAGGCAGAUUUGGUCACUUCUUUCGAGAGGAUAUGUGUUUUUAUUAGUUCACAUCUCAAUAAUGCCUCUUCAGUUUUGGUAUUCUCUACUCUUGGGAAAAGCAGAUGCUGUGCUGUUGCAAUGGCAUAUCUUAUGUCUCACUUGAAAUACACAAUAAAGGAGGCAUGGAAUCAUAUUCAGCAGUGCAAACCCAACAUGAGGCCAAAUCGGGGAUUUGUGCAGCAACUUUCUGACUGGGAACUUCAGACUCUUGGGAAGAGAGUGACAAAUAUUUCAGAACCCAACUACUAA